GCGCUCAAAUAUAAUAAUUCUGUGUGCCCUUUCACAGCGCUCAAAAGUAAUGUACGAGCCGUUGCAAAGGCCGACCAAGAAAAAGUAAAAUGAAGUGAAAUAUUAGUAAUGAAGCUGUUGCAAGCACACUGCAAUAAAGUUAAAUGCUGGAGGUAGUACCCUGAUCGGUGUGUGUGUGUGUGCGCGUAGACAAAUAUAGUACAAAUGUCUGGCUAAGAUUCGUGCGCGAAACUUUUUUCUCUCCUUGCCUUUGCUUUCCAUUUUCAUCUCCCUUUUGUGCUGCAAUUUCUAGCACAAUUUCUUGCCACUUGUUUUCCAGCAACAAAACGCUCUCGCAUGCAAAUUACAUAAUGUGUUGUACGCGCAUAUACACAUAUACAUACUCAGGUGCAUAUGCGAGCGUCUGUGUUUCGGAACAGCUGACCGACUGCCGCUACACACAUUCUUAACAGUAUGAUCGCCUGUCUGCCUUUACGUGUCUGGCAGCGCUCACCCAAAAAAAGGGCUUGAAAGUGCAAUUGCCGUAAAAAAUUUCACACAGUUGCAGAAGUAAGCGCAAUGUGACCGGUGCUGCAACAUGCCUGCACUAACGGUACUUCUUACUUCCUCAGUGCAAGGCAGUUCAAACGUGGCAGACAGCGUGUGCGGUCGUGGAAUUUCGCGUACAUUGGGUGCAAGUAAAGUUUAGUUGCCCAAGAUGUAGAAUACCGCGAGACGAUGUCCAUCGACAGAAAAGUUAAAAAUGACAGCAUAAAAGUGGCAGUUCUUCCUCAAAGCUAAGGCGAGUUCGCGCUGCGGAAUAAAAUUUUACAACGAAAUUUCUUCAUAACUGAUAAAACUAAAUAUCGAAACAAGAAAUAUAAAAAAAUUUAAACAGAAAAUUCAGUUUUGAACAAAAAGUACGAAAAAAAUAUAUUUAUAAUAAUAAAUAAAAAUAAUUAAAUCAAAAAAGUCGAAUUCAGCGCUGAAGCUUUAAAGCAGAAAAUAAUCUAGUGCUAACCGAAAUUAAUCAUUUUUAUUCACUUAAAUAAGUUAAUUAAAGCUUCUAAAAUGCUUAAAAUCCGGUGAAAAAAAAACAUUAGCAAAAGUUAACAAAGAAAACUGAAUAAUAUCAAAAAAGCGAAACAGCGCAAAAAGUGCAUAACAAAAGUGUUCACUCAUUACUUAUAACGCUGCUUCAAUAUUUUCGGCGUUAAAAUAUAAAAGAUAUAUCCAAAAAAAUAUAUAUAUAAAAAAAUUAUUACGAAAAGUGAAAAAAAUAUUAAAUUAUAUUUAAAAUAAAUUAAUAAAAUAAUUAAAAUUAAUAAACAUGACACUUACUUUACUAUAUAAUAUAAUAAUAAAAAAACAACAACAAUAACGCAAGCAUAAUACUUUCAAAAAAUCUAUGAAAAUUUAAAUAAAUAUUAUUGCGCAAUGUUAAACGAAAAUAUAUUUGCAAAAAUUUUUUUUUAAUAAAAUAAUUAGAAAUAUACUUAAAAAUUAACUAAAGAAAUACACACGCUAAUAUUUAUCAAACAAAUAUUCCGAAAAAAAUAUUUAAAUACAAAAAAAAAUAUUUGAAUGAAAAAAUAACGAGCUAAAGCAAUUAAAAUAAUUGAGCAACACAUAUACACAAAAUCGAUUUAACGAAAAUAUUUAAUUUGUUUUCGAGAACUUCAUCAAUGGUCGCUUGUGGUUGUAAAGCGUAGCCGAAUGCGAAUCUUAAUUACAUGCAAAAUAAAUGGGUACAAUGAGGCCAAAUAAAUACGAUGUUACCACAGCUUACGGUCUAUGCCAAGAUUAUUUACCUCCUGAUGGUGGUGAUUUCGGGUGCAUUAUGUACAGUAGAAGAUUAUGUAAUAAUGUCACAGUGUGCACACAACAAAGCCAUACAUGUAGCUGCGGAAGGAACAGUCUCAGUGACAGACAUUUCACAGACACAAAAUAUAACGAUAGUCGGCCUCCCGGACUAUGUGAACAACAAUCUCAAAAUAGCACUGUACGCAAAAGAAACACAACGGUAUCUGUGUUUCAACGAUCAGUGGAAACUAGUUGGAAUGAAAGAACUGCGCGACACCUGCUACUUCAACGAAACCAUCGUACACGGUUAUUUCGUGUUUCGUUCCGUAGUCGAUCUGCAGCGACGUGUCGGCUUCACGCACCGAGGUAAGGCGGUCGGGCCGAAGAAGAAUGUCAACGACGCCUGCUACCUGUUCACGAAGAUACAGGCCGAUCAGUUUUUCCAUCAGCACACCGAUUAUUUUGCACCGAAAUCGAAGAGCACCAAAAUCAUCAGCGGCAUUGCCAACGCACCGCAAACCACAACCGCCACACACACAACAUCAGGAGCCUCAGCGCGUUCGGCGUCGCAGCGAGCAGCGCUCUCGGCCGCCGCCACAACGGCGACUGUUACGGCGACAGCGGCACAACGCAAUUACAACAGCAACAACAAGCUAUUGCGUACCAACAACAAGAAUAAGCGAGUGAAUGGCGUGCGCAGCAGCAAUACCAGCAACAACAACAAUAGGAACAGUAACAAUAACCAAAAUGAAGAGUACACUAAUGGCCAUAGUAGCAAUUUAAGCAGCAGCAGCAGCAGCAACAAUAAUAACAACAGCAAUCAGAGCAGUAAUAUUAACCACAAUAACAGCAGUAAUUUAGUUAGCAAUAGUCAGCAGCAAGUAGAUUUAAGUCAGCAAAAGCAACACAACAACAACAGUAAUGGCCGCACGCGCGAACACGUGCGUCAGCAACAACAACAUCAACAACAGCAGCAUCAAGUGCGGCAUCAUCACAACGAUCCGAAUUUGAUAGCGCGUCGCCAGCACCACGAGCACAAACAGAAACGGCGACAGCAUCAGCGCCAGCAGCAGCGCCUGCGCAGCGGCAAAAUAACUAGUCCAGCAACAACAACAGUGGCGCAAGAACGCGCCUCAGCGACAACAACGACGAGAGCCAUUUAUAGUACGACAGCAACAGGCGCCGUAGCGCACAGCAAGCAACAGCAUGAAAAAGACGCGCUGCAUGAACCGCAACCGGCGACCGUUGCCAAUGUCGCGGCUAAAGCUGCCACGGCAACGUCAAUAAUCAUGAAGUCAACCACAACUAUUGCCAAUAAGCGCAAGGGACGAAGAAGAAAGGGACGUAAGCAACGAAAGCAACAACAAGCACAGCGCGCGCAGCAACAAAUGUUGCCGCUUGCAGCGCGCGAAUCCACGAAGGCCGCGCACACACCAACGCCAACCGCUUGGCUGUGGAGCGAUUCGCCAACGCCAUCGCUCUCGUCACUGUCAACGCAAAUGCUAGCCGAUGUGCCGAGCAGCCUAUCGCCCGCAACAACAUUUGGCGAUUACAGCGGUGAAUGGCAGACCUCAGUGCCAACAAACGUCGACGCGACGUCCGUCGACAGCAAAGCGUCUUCAUCUUCAACACCAACGCUGUCGACGCUGCCAUCGGACACACCUACAGCAAUAUACUUGGCCUCAACGACCGACCUCAGCGAUGGCGCGUCGUCGCUCACGCCAACAAGCGACUACAACAACAACACCGAUUUCACGAGCGUUGCGCCAGCGGAUGAGGAGUCGUCGCUGAACGCUACCUUGAUUACAGAAAUCGAUGAAAGUAGAAUGUGGCCGGAGCCUACAAUAGCCCUAGACGAGCAACUAAACAGUAUUACUUCCGAACAACAACAACACUUUACAACACAAAAUGUGGCCACGUCAGUAUCAACAGCGGAGUCCAUCGCGCCUACAUCAACCACAUGGUCAGAGAGUAGUGAGCAGAAUUGGUCAUCAAGCACACCAACUAAAGACACUGAUGACCUUGAAACAGUGUUCCCCUCACCCACAGCAAUCGUCGACACUGAAAGCGUGGCGGCCACAGCAAUUUUCUCAGAGGAUGGCAAUGUGACAGAGGAGACGCAAACCCUUGCUGAGGCCACCGAUUUAUAUGCAACAAUCAAUUCUACCUCCAGUGAAAUUGAAGCGCAAAGCAGCAGCAACACCUACAACGACGAUGGCAACACCGAAGCACUGACGGAAGUCGGCGACACGCAGAGUACAACAACUGCACAGCGAAAAGUCCACAGCUUAUCGGCUGAGCGCGGCAAUAUCGGUCACAUGUGGCGAAAGCAGUCUGGCAUCGCGGCAAGCAUAGCCACACUGCUGCACCAACAAUUGCUGGCGACUAGUGCCAGCAGCGGCAACGUGUACGCUUGGCGCCCGCAGCGUGGGGAAGAAUACUCAGAUGAAAUAAUCGUGGCUACAGGACGACCAGUCGCCGCAGAGCUCGAAACGACAACCGACGUUGCUUCGGGCGACCGUGCAACAUGGUGGCAACAUCAUAUGAAUCACAGCGGCACGAACUUUUGGGACAAAGGCAUUGCUGAUGAGGUGCCGAACAGUGGCGACGAUGCCGAUUUGGAUUGGCUGAAGCACCUCACCAAGCAACGAACAGCCAGCAAGCGCAGGCAUAACAACCGCAAGGCCAACAACAACAGCAGCAGAGAUGUUGAGGCAGUGUCCCAGCCACCUUUGCAAGCGUUGUCGACGAGCGUUUCUAGCCUUAGUUUCGGCAAGAAAUAUGUGCCGGAAGGCAAAACACAACGACAAAGCAGCAAAGCGCACAGCGGAAGCAACAAAUUGCCAGCAGCAACAACAACAGCGCACGAGUACAGCAGCACAAUGGCAACAUCGCGUUCCAGCAGUGCAACAACGCACAGCGCGGGUGUUAUUACGCCCGCAACAACAACCGCAAGAAUGAAUGAUAAUACAUUGGCAACAACAACGACAAUGCAACACCUAUACCCACUGCAGCAAUUGCUGGGCAAUAAAACUAUUUUGCCGCUACACAAUCCACCCGCGUUGGUGCACUUCGAUGGUAACAGCAAUCACCUGGCACACACACACACACCCACAGUAAGCACGCUCAGCACAACCACUUCCGCCGCUGCGCCCACUUCAACAACUGUAGCCGGCGACGCGACCACCGCCGUCGCAGCGUUAACAACCAAAAAGUCAAUACGCAUCUCAACGCAAAAGUUGCUGGCCACGCCCUUUCAUCAGUUGACCUAUGUGCGCAACAACGCCGGCGACAUUGACAUCGACAACAUGGACAACAUCAGCGUCUAUCCGGACCUGCUGGAGGAGUCUGGCGAGCUGGCGGAACAGCGCUCGACGGAGCGCGCCGAAACCGACGCAACACGCAAUAGUCGGCUGACAAUCGUUAGCGGUUAUCUGCCAACGUCGGCGACAGCGACGCUACCCGAAUCGAUACGACUUGCAAAAGUCAAGAUAAAUAAGGAGAGAAAGCGUAUGAUGAGCCUGCGAAAAAGGCAUAGCAGGCGACACGCGUAGUCGUGGUUUGAGCAAAACCGAAUGAGCAUUUAGCAAAUUGUUAUGUCUAAAGUUUUUGAACUUAACCAAAAGCUUACGAAGUGGCGCUUUGAAAACCAGAAAUGUCUAGCAGCUUAAAAGCUUUCCAAAUUUUGCGCCAUACAUCAUAAGCAAGUUCACGACGCAACCUAAUCACAUUUUAAAUUGCAUGUGAAAGCACAAAGCUUGUAAGCUUUUUAGUGAUGUUUUUCAAAAUUUUUUCCCAAGUAUUGGAUUUCCUAAAAAGUGGACAGUGUGGUCAUGUCAAGUCAUGUGGUCUAGAAAUUUUUCAAAUAUUACCAAAGCGCUUACUUUACAUUCGUAAACAGGAGCAGGUAGUGAAAGCUUAAAACUACGCAUGAAAGCUUAAAACGAUCUAUGAAAGCUUAUAAAUGAAAGCUUGUGCUUAUACAAUUUUCUCUUUGCUAACAAACAUCAGGCUUGUUUGCAUCAGCAGACCGUAGCAGUCAGUGAAAGCUUCAAACGUUGCAUGAAAGCUCAUAAACGAAAGCUUUUGCUUGUGCAGCUUUCUUUCUGUUCAUAAAAAUCAGGCUAAAUGAAAGCUUUUGCUUUUAAAGCUUUCUUUCUGUUCAUAAAAAUCAGGCUUUACUCUUAAAAAUAGUUGCGGUUUAAGAUUUGUACUGAAAUAUAAACUGAUUAAAAAUAAUUGAGAACUCACAAUAUAUGUUGCAUAACUAUUAUAUCUUAUAGAUAUUAGAAAUCCACAGUUUUUUAGCGAUAACAGAUGAAUAAAUUGAAUAUUUCACAGCGAAAAACCACGAAAUUCACGAAACACCGAACACGACGCAGAGCCGAACUCAUGCAAACACGAAUUGCACGAACGCUGCGUACUCGCAUACGAAAAACCACGUUUUUGAACGCCACAAACCAUUACUGUGUUGCAGAACAUAGCGAAAGACCGUUGAUAACUGUAAACACUGAAUAGUUUAAUAGACAAUGUUUAACGCAUAUUUUGUUGCAGUUAAUUAAAAACAAAUGAGACAAUAAACAGCUGGCAUAUGUAGUUUAUGGUUAAAAAAUAUAUGUAUCGAAGCAGAGUCUAGAGAGCGAAGCAGCUAACGCCAAUACAGAUGCACAGGAAGUAGCUAAAAGGCUCGAAAAAAUACAUUUCGUCACCUAAAAUGCAAAACAACGUAUGAUCAAAAUAAAAUUAAAAUCGUUUUCAGAUAUGAUAAAAAAAUAUAACCAUUUUAUAACCCAAAUAUGAGUGUAUGAUAACGAAAAUAUAACCAUUUUGUAACCAAAACUCAAUUUUUUGUUUUAAAUUUGUUUUUUAUUAUAAAUUUUUUCCUUCGCCGGUUAUUUUGCAUUUUAGGUGACAAUAUAUAUUCAAAAAUUCUACUUUUGAAAAUAAACAAAAACAAAAAAUAAUACAUAAAUAGAUCGUAGAGCAAAGAAUUUUUGACAGAAAUUAUUAUUAAAGCGUUAAAUAUGCUUUUUGAUAUAUGCAGAAAGCUAACUAUACGAAUAUAAGUGCAUAAAUAUUGUAACAGAAGAAUUAGUAUCUAAUAAAUGUUUGAAAUUUUGCACGUUUAAGCCUUGGCGAAGCGAAAAAAUCUUAACUCAAAAUAAAUAAAACCAAACUACAGAAAAAAAAACAGUAAUUUCCACUGAGAAAUGAACGUUUUAUCAACUAAAUCGCACACAGUAACACUUCCAAAAUACCAAGAAAAAAUAUAUAUACGAAAAAACAUAGUGAAACAAUUUGAAAAAAUAAAAUAUAAAAAUCAUAUAAAAUUGUUUGCAAAUUUAACUAAACCGAUAAUGUAAAAUAUACCUUUGCGAAAACGAAAAAUGCUUGAGUUGAAAAUAUAAAAGCAUCAAUUUACUAAGACGAGCAUUAUUUAUUUGGGAACAGUGGUCAAAUAUACAAGAAUUGAAGUUAUAAAAAUGCAAAAAAAAUAUCAAAAAAUAACAAAAAAUUAUAGUACGAAGCAGAUUUUCCUAUAAUUACAGCAAUAAUUAAUCACAGCAAAGAAAUAUUAAACAUUUUGCAUUAAACCAAAAAAGAAAAAUAAAGAAUUUAGACUUUUGCAAGCAUACUAGGCGAAAAAUUAUAUACAAUUAAAAACAAUUUAAUAUAGCAAACACUUAAGGGAACUAUUUAUUAAAGGCGAAUUAUAGCAACUACUUAAUUAGAUGAAUAAAUUUAUUAAAAAUUAAUAUUAAUAUAGUAUUGCAGAAAAAAAUUCCAAAACAUGAAAGCAUGCAGGCUACAAAAUACUUUGGAUUUAAAAUGACACUGAAGUAGUAAACUGUAACAAUUUUGAAAUUCAAAAAGCCACUGAAAAACAGGAAACUGAUUUUUUAUUAAAUAAUUUCGAAGGUUUUACUUUUUCUUUAUAUAUUUAGAGUUUUUGUAAUUUGUAUGAAAGAUAAAUAAUAUGCAGCGCGCUCACACAAGCAAAAUUAUGUUGAAAAGAGCAAAACUGUGCGUUGAUUGGUCAGGAUAACGUACUGCGCCUGACUCACGCAUACCAGCAAAAGUAAUGCUCACAACAAAGUUAUACAGAAAAGAGCAAAACUGUGCUCUGAUUGGUCAGGCUAAGAGCAAUGCUGCGCGCUGAUUGGUUGAUUCAUAAGUUAACGUGUUUGCGUGACAUAAAUCGCAACUUCAAUUCUUCGACACUCUUAAGCAAAAAUCAGCCUGCAAACUCAGCCUGCAAAUACUUAUAUUUUCUACAUAAUUUCGAAAUUUAACUAAUUUUUAAUAGACCGUUAAACAAAUAUUUAAUAUGGACUUCAAUAACAGAAGUAUCAACAAGAAACUAUAACAACACGUUUAAAUAAAGAAAAAAUAUUGCAAAGUUAAUAAAGAAAUGUUACCAAAACAAAUUUGUUGCUCGAAUAUUUAUUAACACUUACAUAUAUAACAGCAGAAGAAGUGUGUAUUAUUUAUAACCGAAUUGAAAACAAAAAACUAACAGAAAUCCUAAAGUAACAAAAAAGAGCUGUUUCAUGACUUCAAAACCACAGAACCUGAGGAAUAUAUAUAUAUAUAUAUAUAUAUAAUAAUGAAGACUUAACCAAACGAGAAAUGGAAUGUUGAGAAAAACUACUUUAUAGUUAAUAAAAUAAUUUCCAUUUCCACUAAAAAUGUAAACUUAAAAUUAAGCCUAAACGUAAAAAAGUAAAAACGCGUAUGAAUUUGUAUAGAUGAGCGUACGGUAUAAUGAAAUUAAGUAGUACAUAAUUAAAUAUGUUAUGUAUAUGUAAUAACACGUGUACUUGAAGCUGCUAUGGCGAAUAUGUAGGCACUGCUAAUAAUUGAAAAAUAUAUGGAGAAACUACUAAGACACAAGAAGAGUGUAUAAAGAAUACCGAAGCACAGUUUUAAGGCCAAGCGGGAAAUAAGAUCGAAUAAAACAAAUAGGCAGCAACUAAAACAUAAUACAUUGUAAAAAUAGUGCUUAGUUUUAUUUUUAGUUUUAAUUAUAAUUUUCACAAAUUUUAUUUUAAUUUUUUUUUACCUUAGAAACGUUUUGUUAAUUCUACUGUUAAUGUAAUGUAUAAAAAAUAGUGUAUUAACGCUUUUUUUUGUAUUGUAAUAAAUAUAUAUUUUUCACUUAACCCCAAAUAGGUAUUUAAACUAGUUGAGCAUCUAAACAAUAAGCAAAGGAAAAUAUGCAGAAAAUACGAAAAAAAAAAUAUUCAUUCACACACUUCAGUUAACUACUAAUUGCAUAAGGCUUAGACAUUUAUAGGAAUAAAUAUGUAUGUAGAGUAUUAAAAUGAAUGGAAAACGAUAGCAGUGUAAUGCAGCAGGUACUAUAAGUAAAAAAGAAAUGAUUAAUGGCAACAAAUAUGCUGGUUAUAAAUAUUGUAGCAUAAAAGUGAAGGGAAAUCUAACGACUAAACAAUAAAAAAAAUGAAAACAAAACGAAAAUGUUUUAAACGCCAAUAUUUGUAAAUUAAUUUUGCUGCCUCAAAAUAUAUAAAUAUGUAUGUAUUUAACACAUAAUUAACUAUUAUAUAUACACCAACAGCUAACCAAACUUUACAUUAUUUAAACUAGCUAUGCAUAUUUUUCGCACACAACUGCAGAUGUCGCAAUAAUAUAAUUUCCUAAUUUUUUGACAUUUUUUUCCCUAUUUUUUUUCAUAAUUUUUUUUCAUAAUUUUUUCUAUUUUUUUUUUAAACAAAUUCCCGUCUAACUAUUGCUUUGCAGUUUAUUACUCACUCACAGACACUCGAGUCUCUAUUCGAAAACCUACGGCGAGCACUUUUUUCGCGCGCUUUCACGACGCACGAGCUUUUACAGAAGCUUUUACUAAAGCUUUCACUCAUAUAUAGUACCACGGCAUACGAAUUCACUUUGUAGAUAAUUUUCCUUAGUUUUUAAAUAAAAUAAAUAACUACUACCAAUUAUUUUGUUUAGUUCAACUAUUAAUUAAUUUAUAUUUAAUUUGUGUAUAAUUAAUGAUUAAUUAUUUAUGUGUAGAAAAGAAAGCGCCGCAACUGCUAAAUAAAAUCAAAUAUAUAUAUAAAAUACUAAUGUAAUGAUUUUUUAUUAAUUUUCUUGAACAAAUAUUUUCAUUUUUAAGUUAUUUAAAUUUUAUGCCACAAACACUUUUACUUUAUAAAAUAUAAAAAAAAAGUUAUAAUUUAUGGAAUUGAAAAUUUUAAAUUUUUUUAUAAAAAUUUUCGUUUAAAUCUUUGGUCACACAAUAAUGUUAAAAAUUCACGCAUUCUUACACAAUAAAUCUAAAAUUGCAACAACAAUUAGUGCAUAACGAAAAACUAAGAAAAAUUGAUAUUUACUCAAAUGAAGAAAUGCGUACAGCAAACCCUAUUAAUUCGCAACUAAUUAUAAUGAAAAUAUAUAAAAAAGGUAUUUAAUGAAACGAAUUCUUAGUUACUACGUUAAUUUUCAAGGGCAUAAGAAUUUAUGAAAAACGUAAAAUAAUUGAAAAGUGAAAAACUGAAAGAGAUAACUGCGUAUAAAUAAAUUUAAUAUUGAAAAAUAUUAACAAAAAAUUAA